GGGCCGACCAUACCCAUGUAAAAUUCAUUUCUUUUAUCUGGUAUCGAUAUUGUUACCUCGCUAGCUCGCAGUCUGUGUCUGAUCUUGUGCCUGUUCUGUGGUUCCGAUCGCUUUCAUGGCUACUCAGGGUCAAGUCAUUACCUGCAAAGCUGCGGUGGCCUGGGAACCCAACAAGCCAUUGACUAUUGAAGACGUUCAGGUGGCCCCACCGCAGGCUGGUGAGGUUCGGGUCAAGAUUCUUUACACUGCUCUCUGUCAUACUGAUGCUUAUACUUGGAGCGGCAAGGAUCCUGAAGGUCUCUUCCCAUGUAUUCUGGGUCAUGAAGCUGCCGGGAUUGUAGAAAGUGUUGGAGAAGGUGUUACUGAAGUUCAGCCUGGAGAUCAUGUCAUCCCCUGUUACCAGGCUGAAUGUAAAGAAUGCAAGUUUUGCAAAUCUGGCAAAACAAACCUUUGUGGCAAAGUCCGUUCUGCCACUGGAAACGGGGUCAUGCUGAGUGAUCGCAAGAGUCGUUUCUCUAUUAAUGGAAAGCCCAUCUAUCAUUUUAUGGGAACCUCAACCUUUAGUCAAUACACCGUUGUUCAUGAUGUUAGUGUAGCUAAGAUUGAUUCAAAAGCUCCUUUAGAUAAAGUUUGUCUUCUUGGAUGUGGUGUCCCAACUGGUCUUGGAGCUGUCUGGAACACUGCAAAAGUGGAACCAGGGUCAAUUGUUGCUAUAUUUGGCCUUGGAACUGUUGGGCUUGCUGUUGCAGAGGGUGCAAAAACUGCUGGCGCAUCACGGAUCAUUGGCAUAGAUAUUGACAGCAAAAAAUUUGAUAUAGCAAAGAACUUUGGCGUCACUGAAUUUAUCAACCCAAAAGAUCAUGAGAAGCCAAUUCAGCAGGUCAUAGUUGAUAGCACAGAUGGUGGAGUUGACUAUAGUUUUGAGUGCAUUGGAAAUGUCUCCGUGAUGAGGGCUGCUUUGGAAUGUUGUCAUAAGGGCUGGGGGACAUCAGUUAUUGUGGGUGUUGCAGCAUCAGGACAAGAAAUAUCAACCCGCCCUUUCCAGUUGGUGACUGGUCGUGUCUGGAAGGGAACAGCUUUUGGUGGCUUCAAGAGCCGGUCACAAGUUCCCAUGCUUGUAGAUAAGUACUUGAAGAAGGAAAUCAAGAUCGAUGAGUACAUUACCCACAAUUUAACUCUUGCGGAGAUCAACAAGGCAUUUGAUCUCAUGCAUGAAGGGGGAUGCCUCCGAUGUGUGCUUGCGGUGCAUGUAUGAGAUGAUCUUGAUGAGCCUUUUCAAGUUGCAAAUGUCUUUCGUUUCUCGUAUGAUGCUUGAAGUAAGCGUCGUGUUUUAUAUCUGCCCUAAAAACGUGUCGUGUCUUGUAUUGGCAGUGUCCUAUAUCUCCUGACAAACUAGCAACUUUCUGCUGAAUCACGCCAUGUUAUAUGUGUGAGGAUCAUUUUGAGUUGACUGGUGCAUUUUGACCUGGUUCAUGUGAA